UGGAGAGACUCACCUCCCAGCUGAUCCCGUUAAUUUAUCUCUCCCCCCCUCCUCCUCCUUCUCCUCCUCCUCCAGUACCCGGUGUGUUGCCCCCCUCGCGGUAGGUUUGUCUUCUGCUCUGCUCCUCUGCAGAAACGCUGGAGCUGGAUGUCCGGACACUUGCUGCGCUUCUCUUAAUGAGGAGGGACCGCAGGAGCAGGAGAAGUACGGAGAAGGAGAAUCACUCGGACUCACAUGGCUGGAUGACAUGAUGUUCCUACCCUUUUCCCCUCCCCCCUCCACCUCUCUCUUCCCUGUUUUCCUUCUACUCCUCCUUUUCCUUCCCCCCUCCCUCGUCUCCUCUUCCCUUUCCCACACCCCAUUGAGCUGGACUUCGCCUCAUGACCCCUGCUACCAACUAGACGGCCGCCCACGACACUGCCUGUCGGAGUUCAUCAACGCCGCAUAUGGCAUCCCAGUCAAUGCUAGCCACUCGCUACAAGGGCCUGAUUAUGACAGCAACAUCACCACCUUGACGGACCUCCACAACCCCCACAACCUCACCUGCUGGAUGGCUCACGGAGGUCCUGACACCGGAGAAUGGGUCCUCACGCUACCACUGGGCCGCCGCUUUGAGAUCACUUACAUAAGUUUGCAGUUCUGCCAGCAGGGGGAGCCAUCGGACCCCAUCUCCAUCUCUAUUCUCAAGUCGAUGGACUAUGGACGGACAUGGAGGCCGAUGCAGCACUACUCCAACGACUGCCUUGGAAACUUCAGGCUGCCAUCCCAGACGGUGGCCCAGACAAGGCACCAAGAGACAGAGCCCCUCUGUUCAGACCCUCGCCCCCUGCAAAAGCAGAGGGGCGGCAUGGUGCUGGCCUUCUCCACCCUGGACGGACGGCCAUCCUCUCCUGAUUUUGACCACAGCCACACCCUCCAGGACUGGGUGACGGCCACGGACAUCCGUGUGGUCUUCCACCAGGUGUCCAAAGACACCAAGGUGGGCAACUUGGAUAAGAAAGAAGAAGCACGAUGGCGUGAUGGUGCAGAAGGUGACAGAGGGACUGGGCUUCUGAGGUGGAGAUCGGGCUACAAGGUGCGCACUGGAGAUCAGGUCGACAAGUUGAACACAGAUAAUACACUGGCAUUUUUUGAAAGGGAGACAAAAAACUCAGAGAUAACGGGGAGGAACAAAGGGGUGAAAGUGGACAAACAUGGAAGGAAGGGUCAUUAUAAAGGGUCAGGUCAAGAUGAAGAUGGACACAAUGUGACCAGCAAGGAAGGGGGUGAUAGUUUUAGUACGGACACACUUGCUUCAUCAAAGAAAGGCGGGAAAGGCAGAGGGCGAGGCCGCAAGAAGGAAAAUAAUCAUUGGCUGCCUUGCCCCAAUGGAGGUUGUAAUUGGACAGUUGAGGGGCGGAGUAGGAGCAACAAGGGGCGGGAACUGAGGAAGAGGAGGAACAAUAAUCUCAACACAAAGCAAAGCUCCAUGAGUCUGCAGGUGGCCCCACCCUCUGCUUUUGUCCGAGCACCCCUGGCCCUCUCGGACCUGCAAGUUGGUGGCAGGUGUAAAUGUAAUGGACAUGCUUCGAGGUGUCGCCGUGACGACACAGGCCGAGCAGUGUGCAUGUGUGAGCAUCACACAGCGGGGCCAGACUGUGAUGUGUGCGAGGAGUUCUACUGCGACAGACCAUGGCAUCGAGCGACACCCACACACCCAAACCCCUGUGUUGCCUGUGAGUGUAACGGCCAUUCAAACAAGUGCCGCUUCAGCAUGGAGGUGUUUCAGCAGUCGGGCAGGCGUAGCGGAGGUGUGUGUCAGAAGUGUCGCCACCACACGGCCGGACGCCACUGCCAGUACUGCCAGAAUGGAUACACCCGCGACCACAGCAAGCCGGUGAACCACCGCAAGGCCUGCCAACCGUGUCAGUGCCAUGCUUUGGGAGCAGUGGGUCACUGGUGUAACCAGACAUCAGGUCAGUGUCUGUGUCGAGAAGGGGUGACCGGCCUCAGGUGUAACCGCUGUGCCCCGGGAUACAAACAGGGCAGGUCCCCUCUGCGGCCCUGCAUACGAAUUCAAGAGGUCGCACCGACCCCAGUGUACCAAUCUCAAUACAGCAUAGCGGAGGAGUGUGUUUCAUACUGCCAGCCCUCUCAGGUUAAAGUCAGGAUGAACUUGGAGACCUAUUGUCUCAAGGACUAUGUGCUGAAGGUGCAGGUGAGAGGGAUGGAGCGUUCAGGUCCCUGGUGGCAGUUCUCCAUCUCAAUCCAAACCGUCUUCCGCACGGGGUCCACCUCCCGCGUUCGCAGGGGCCCCCACUCCCUCUGGGUCCCUGAUCGCGACCUCAGCUGCGGCUGCCCCGCCCUCCACGUGGGCCGGACCUUCCUCCUGAUCGGUGCAGAGGAGGGGGAGAGGGGCUGGGGCCCUGAGGAGAGUCGCCUGGUGGCAGACCGCUCCACUCUGGCCCUCCAGUGGCGGGAACACUGGAGCCCCAAACUGAGGGGCUUCCGGGGGCAGGACAAGAGGGGCCGCUGCCCGCCAAAUCCCCCCAACAACCACCAUCGCAGGGAGCAAACAAAGCCCCAGUCUGGGUACAUCCCCCCUCACCUGCUGACUGAGAAAGACACCGAGCCUCACAGCACGAACACACACUCUGUGAAUGUGGACAACACUCAGAUCUCAGUGGUGCCGCACACACACCCUCACACAGACCGCAAGGUUAAAUCCACAGAGGCGACUCCCACGCCAACCACACUCGCUCUGGUGUGCUCCACUCAAGGUCCUGGGUGAAAAACAAAAAUCAUAGGGAGACGUAAAAAUAACAGGAAGAGUUUUUAUCCUCCACCUUUCCGGACAUACUGCAAAAAGAGCUACAAGGAGAGGAAAGUGCUCUUUUUUACAGUGUCAGGAGAAACAGGCGUGAGUUUGCUCCCCCGGCCUGGAGAAAGUUCAGAGAACUUCAACAACACACACAAACACAUACACACCUGUUAUGUGAUGUUCAAAUGCUAAGGGUUUUUUGGAGGGUAAAGGCCAACUUUCUGCUGCAAAACUCACCGAUGAUGAAAAUAUUCAAAAAUUCCACCAACAAAAUUAUUGCAAUGUGAAAUAUUAGUUAUAAAAUUUUAAUAUUUUCUAAUAAAGAAGCUUUUGAAAAUUAAAGUUUGACUAAACUCUGA